AUGUCUUCCGAGUCAGCGAUCCAGUUUCCGCGAGAAGUCGAUGGCCUCAAUGGCACAACUGGCCAGCCGGUGGCCCAGCAGCCCGAAGUCAAUGGCAAUGGCAAUGGAGUCGUCCAAACGACUACCACAGCUGCUGCCUUGAGUGCUGACGAAAUGGCUCAGUACGAUCGCCAGAUCCGUCUUUGGGGUCAGAAAGCACAGGAACGCAUCCGAUCUGCAAACAUUCUGCUCGUCUCCUUACGCGCCUUGGGCACUGAGAUUGCCAAGAACCUCACGCUCGCCGGUAUCAGCUCACUCACCAUUGUCGACGAAGAACUGGUGACAGAGGAAGACCUUGGUGCUCAGUUCUUCCUUCGAGAGGAGGAUAUUGGCCAGAAGCGUGCUGCAGCUGCGGCGCCUCGAGUGCAAGAGCUGAACCCUCGCGUGACUGUCAAAGCAGAGACUGGUGGGAUUCAGUCAGGCCUUCUCCAAGAUGCAACAUACAUCUCUCAAUUCACAUGCAUUAUUGCUUGCGAUCACGACCUCAUGACCUUGUCGAGCAUCAACACCGCAGCCAAUAUGGCUAGCGUCCCUUUCUACGCUGCAGGUACACAUGGUUUUUACGGCUACAUAUUCGCUGAUCUCAUCGCUCACGAAUUCAUGAUCGAGCGUGAGAAGUCGAAUAUACAUACAGCGAUCACAGCAGAGUCGAUAACACGCUCAGUCAAAGCCGUGACAACGAGGAGGGAGAACAACGGCAAGAACAUCGAAGUCGUCGAAAAGCAAGAGAUCUACUGCCCACUUCUGCUGGCUAACAGCUCGCCGUUGCCCGAGGAUGUCCGCAAGAAUCGACGCAAACUCAAGGCAGUGCCAGCGUUGCUACCCUGCCUUCGUGCUCUCUUCGAGUUCCAGCGCGACCACGGCCGACUGCCCGUUCUUCAGCAGCAAGAUCUCGCCACCUUCGCAGCCAUGGCCAAGUCCAAAUCCGACGAGUUGCAGCUUCCAGCAGAGACGCUGAGUUCUGAGUUUCUUAAGAGCUUUCUGCAGAACAUCGGCGCCGAGAUCACUCCCACGGCAGCAUUUGUUGGCGGCCGCCUCAGUGAGGACGUGAUCAAUGUGAUUGGGAAGCGUGAGCAGCCCAUCCAAAACUUUGCUCUUUUCGAUGGUGAUGCGCUAGAUGGCAGGAUCUACUGCCUCUACACGCCACUGAUGCCGAUGCCGCCGAUGGACAUGAACGGCAUGGGCCUGAUGGACGGUUUUGCGAUGGACGGCAAUGGUCUGGGCAUGGGUCUAGAUGCUAACGGCAUGGCGAUGGGAGUUGGCAUGGGCAUGGGGAUGGAUAUGACCAUGAACGGUGACAUGACUGGUCUGAACGGCUUCCCACCGCUACCUGAUCUGACGGCGCCGAUGCAGCAUGCUGGAGAUGUUGGGAUGAUGGGAGCGCAGGUCGGCGCCAAUGGCAGUAACGGCAGUGCGGUCCCUGCUGCAGGCGAUGUGGAUAACAACGGCGCAGACGCUGCAGCAGUCUCGGCGGCACCAGCUCCGGGACAUGCAGAUCAGCAGACCAGUCAAGGAGCGCCCAGCCAGUGA